GAUAGUGUGCACGCAAUUCCCAUAGCUUAUAAAGCGGGUGCUGUCAGUAACAUUGCAUUUGACCAGCAAAAUGUCUAGGCUUGUGUUGUUUCUGUUUUUGAUUCCGCUCUGCAGAGGGCAAGGCGAGCAAGAAAUGAUGCUAAACUUCGACUCCGACAUCGAAGUGUGUGAAGACGAGGACAGCCAAGCGUUUAUGGACACUAAAGGCAUCAAGACCGACCGCAAUGAAACCGUGGCUUUCGUUACUGGAUACAUUGAGUUCUUCAAAGGCAUGGGAGCUAAUACUAUGGUGGAAAUAAAGGUAUUCAAGGUAGAAAACGGUCGUUCAGAAAUGGUGUUUUCGUAUGAAAUCUGCGACCUUUGCGCUGAAAUCAUGGACCCGGAGAGCGACUAUAAGAAGUACUUGCAGUAUUUCGGGUUUCCUGAAGUAUGCCCUUUUGCACCGGGAAACUACAAAAUCCACGAUCUGACGGCCGACACGAGUGAGUUACCGAUCAACCCCGCCAACGCCGGCCGCUACCGGAUCAUUCUGACCAUAUUCGAAGACUCUGACGGGAGCUGCAAGAGCGACCGAACCUUCCUCUGUUGCUCGCAACUGGAGGCUCUCAUUGAACCUGCUGGCACGUAGAUGUGGAGCCUAAUCAGCUGCCGCUACACGGGUUUGUUAUCGAUAAAUGUCACUACAUCGCGAUUCGCCAUAAAUACGGCGCUGUGAUUGAUGGAAAGCGAAUUUAACGAGUUUAUCGAUGAUGAUAACGAACCCGUGAAGCGGCAGCAGGAAAACUUAGGUUUUAUGACUUUUGGGUUUGUAAACACAUUGGAUAUUCACACGAUGGUCUUCUGUUUAUCGGCAUUUGUCAUUGACCUAUGAUUUAUUUUUAAAUUCUGUCCUCAACCUUCCUCAUACAAUCCGUUGGUAAUUGUGUGACUAGUUUAAACAAUGGUUUACUUACCCUUUAAACAAAAAAUUCAGCUUUGGUUUGGGGAUGUUGAUGUUGUUAUAUAAAGAUUCUUACCAAGAACGUUGUGAUGAUGCAGCCUUCGUCACAACGUUUUUGUUUUUCAAAUAUUACAAUGUGUUUCCUUACCUAACUACGUUUGUUUUAAUUAGUUUAAGAUAAGAUUAGGUUUUAUUGAAUUAUAUGUGUUUGUUUAACUAAAA